GAGCAUGACAGAGGGGUGGGCAGGGAAUGGUUUAUAGAGACUUGGAGUGUACACCACAGUGUAUUACUGCUGCUCCAGGGGAAGCAGGCAGGCAGACAUGGUGUCUACAAUGAGCAUGGUGCCUGCAGUCUAUGUGCUGUUGUGCCUCACCUCUGCUGUUCUUCCUGUCUCUACAAAUGACAGGUUCCUUGUGUCAGCCCCUAAUGUGUUCCAUGUGGGAGUGAAAGAACGAGUAUCAGUCCAGCUGUUCUCCCCCCUGCUUAACCAGGAUGUUUCACUAUACCUGGAAGAUGAGACGACUGGGCAGUUGGUAUCACAAAAAGUCACCAUUCGCUCAACCCAAGAGGGGGAAAUAAAGAUAGCAGAGCUGGAAGUGAACAGUAAUAAACUAUCAGAGCUGGCAUCUUUUAAACGAGAGACUCCGUAUGUGUUGCUGGUGUGUGAGAUCCGUCCAGGACAGAGAAAGAUGACCAGAGUGCUCAUCUCUCAACACAGGGGCUACAUCUUUAUUCAGACUAACCAGCCUGUCUACAACCCCACACAGAGAGUUCAUUUCAGGAUCUUUACCCUGGAUUAUUCCAUGAGACCCCAUUCUGAUGCUUUAUAUGUCACUAUAAUUAAUGCUGGUGGAAACAAGGUGAAGACAAUGACCAAAAAUGCCAAAGAUGGAAUCCUCUCUGAAAACAUCCAAAUUCCUGAUGUUUCUGAACCGGGCAUAUGGAAGAUUGUGGCUCAUUAUCAAGGUGAUGAGAAGAAUGCCGUUACACGAGAGUUUCAGGUCAAAAAAUUUGUGCUCCCAAGUUUCGGUGUAUCCAUCAAACCCCAGCAAAGCUAUUACCCUGUGAACCUGGGAACGUUCACCUUCACCAUCGAUGCCUCGUACUCAUAUGGUGAGACUGUGGAUGGGGCCUUUCAUUGCCGAUUUGGUGUGAAAGAGGCAGAGGCUGGAGGAGAGAAAACAGAGAUUGUGUUCAUCAGGGGAAUGGAAAAGACAGGAUCGGUGAAGGAUGGGAAGGCAGAAGUCACUGUCCAUAGAAACCAGAUCCUCGACAUCCUCAAAAAGAGCAAGACUGACCUGAACGACAUGACACAGCUGGCUGACAACGGCGUACAGUUUUACAUCGCCGUGUCUGUCACAGACAUCAACAGUGGGGAACUCCAGGAGGCAGAGGUGCUUCUCCCGAUUGUUUCCCGUCCCUACUCUGUGGACCUAUCCCGAACUCGUACCCACUUCAUUCCCAAAGUCCCCUUUCAAGUCCAGGCGGUGGUACGACUUCCUAAUGGUUCCCCAGCCCCUGGCAUGGAAGUGAAAAUUCAGAUGCCAGUUUCUGGUGUUGAAACUAAAACUGCCAAAACUGAUGCAGAGGGGCUUGUAAAUUCUGUCUUCUUUUCUAUCCCAGACAAUGCUCCUCAUGCGUCCUUUACUGUGACAGUAGAUGGGCAUCAGUAUCACAUGACUGCUCUCCCUGCUACAUCACCCAGCAAAAGCUUCCUAUUCCUGAGUAUGGACUCAAAGAUCGUGACUCCAGGGCAAACAAUUACAGUUGACAUCACAACUGUGCAGGGGAAUCCAGUGGAUGGACAGAUUUACUAUCUGGUUCUCAGUAGAGGAAUGCUGAAGAAAAGUGGCCAGGUCAAGGCUGGGGAGGUGACAAGACUUUCACUCCCUACCACCAGUGACCUGACCCCCUCCUUCCGCCUGAUUGGCUAUUACUACAACCAGGGUGGUGACAUCAUUGCUGACUCACUGUGGGUGGAUGUCAGUGACCUUUGUGAGGGGAAGAUUUCUUUAAAACCAGGGAAAGAACAGUACAGACCACGCUCUAAGGCAGAGCUGGAUAUUGAUUUGCACGGCCAGAAAGCCAAAGUAGGCUUACUGGCUGUGGAUAAAGCCAUCUAUGCCCUGAAUGUUCACAACAAGCUCACAGCCAAACAGGUAUUCUCUUCCAUGCAGUCCUAUGACCUGGGCUGCUCAUAUUUCGGGGGUGUUGAUACAGCAGCCGUCCUCAACAACGCUGGCCUUUCUUUCAUCUCCCAUUCUGAAACAGUCCUAUCACAGAUGAGAGAUGGCUUUAGAUGCAAGUCAGGAUUCAGACGGCAGAAACGAUCCCUCGAUCUCCAGCAGCUCAUGAUGACCAAAGUGACUAGUUACACUGAUGAGAGGCUGAGGAAGUGCUGCCAGGACGGCUUCACCCUGAUUCCCAUGAGGAUCAGCUGUGAGCAGCGUGCCCAGAGAGUGUCCCGUGGAGGGAAGGGGCAGGCCUGUGUCACAGCCUUCCUGGACUGCUGCCUUGAAGGGGUGAAACAGAGAAACAUAAAGAUGCAAGAGGAAGCGCUGAAGGGACGGGGCAGGACAUCCAGCGCUGCGGAAAUGGAGGAUUUCUUUGACACAAAUGCCGUGAACAUUCGGCGCUUCUUUGAACCUAGCUUUGAAUUCAAAGAAAUCAACGUGGACGGGAAAACGAGGCAUUCUAUGAUUCUGCCUGACUCCAUUACAACCUGGGAGAUUCAGGCUGUCAGUUUGUCCUCAUCUCAUGGAUUCUGUGUGUCGGAGCCCAAAGAGUUGCGUGCGUGGAAGGACGUGUUUGUUUCACUGCGACUGCCAUACUCUGUCAAACGAUACGAACAACUGGUCAUCACUGCUGUCAUCUACAACUAUGGGGCAUCACCCAAAGAGCUGUCUGUCCAUAUGAAACCAGUGGAAGGGCUGUGCUCACCUGGCUCUGCUUCCAGCCUCUCCCACCUUAAUGUGACUGUGUCAAAUGGCUCUUCCCAAGCUGUAACUUUCUCUGCGGUUCCCAUGGCCACAGGGCACAUCCCUGUUACCCUGUUGCUGUAUGACAAAAAGGAGGAAAUGGGCCUGGAUGCCAUUCAGAAACUCUUGCUUGUUGCGACAGAAGGGGUGGAGAAGAGAGAGGAGAGAACCCAUAUUCUUGACAUGGACGGGAGGAGCGCGAAGACUUUCCCGAUUGAUGGAGACUUUCCAAAUAGCACAGUUCCCGAAUCUGGCGUCAACCUAUUUGUCAAGAUUGAAGGGGAAGUGUUUGGCAAGUCAACAGUCCUGCCACUUCUGUCUGCCUCUGGGGUGAAACAUUUACUGCGGGCCCCCAUGGGGUGUGCUGAGCAGACCAUGAUCCGGAUGUCCCCCACGGCAUUGGCCCUCCGGUACCUGGACUACAGCCAGAGCUGGAAAGAUCUUCCCCCUGGGACCAGAGAUACAGCGCUUACUCACAUAGAGGAUGGUUAUACCAGAAUUUUGACAUACAAAAAGGAUGAUGGUUCCUAUGGAGCAUGGCUGCACAGAGAGUCUAGCACCUGGCUGACAGCUCUGGUAGUGAAGGUGAUGUCUCUUGUGUUGGAACGACAGUGGGAUGGAAGAGGAGAGCGAGGGAGGGUGGGGCAGGGCUUUGUGAGAGAGGAGAUCAUCUCUGAAUCAGUGACAUACCUGAUAUCCAAGCAGGACAAGCUAAACGGGGGUUACACUGACCCCCAUCCAGUCAUCCACAGAGAAAUGCAGGGUGGUAUUGGUGGCCUGGAGGGGGAUGUGUCUCUCACUGCCUUCAUAACCAUUGCCCUGCAUAACUCCCUCCCUUAUUUGAGUGGCGAAGUGAAGGAAAAAGCGGAGGCCAGUAUAUCUGCUUCCGUAGCCUAUCUCAACUCUGCCUUCCCAUCCCUGAAGAGGCCUUAUGCUGCGGCGAUCACUGCAUACUGCUUGUCCAUCUGCCAAAAAGAUAGCAACCUCGGCCUGUCCGCUUGGAACAGGCUCAAAGAACUGUCCACUAUAGAUGAACAAGGGGAGUGUCAGAUGUGGCCAUCCAGGUCUGACAUGCGAUUGGCAAAUAAUGCAAGAGAUUACCUUGUUCCAUCCUCUCAGGCCAUAACAGUGGAGACUACAAGCUAUGCCCUCCUGACAGCGCUAGCCAAUAAAGACAUGGAGACAGCAGAUUCUGUGGUCUGCUGGCUCUCAAGACAGGAAAACUAUGGAGGGGGCUUCAGCUCCACUCAGGACACUAUAGUGGCUCUGGAGGCUCUUACUGAGUAUGCCUUGAAAAGUCAACCUCCAGCCUCCACAAACAUAGAUGUGCAGUUCAGUGUACCUGGAAGGAGUGUGCAAGAGAAACUUUCCGUGAACAGACAAGGAGAGAAGGUGGAAGCAGAGCUAAAGAGGCUGAUAGGAAACCAGAUCAAUGUACAAGCAACAGGAAAGGGGAAGGCAAAGAUGAAAGUGGUGAUGGCCUACCAUGCUUUGCAGCCUGAGGAUGUCUGUCAGCUGCUGUCAAUCACUGUCAGUGUGCAAGGCAAAGUUAAAUACACUGCCCAAAUAUUGGAAGACUAUGACUACACCGACUAUGGUGCAGAUGGGAGCAGAAAGGAGGAGGAGGACAGAGAUGUCCCCCGGACAGAGAUCGAGUGGUUUGAUGCUCGCAGCAGACGCAGGAGAGACACUAGCCAGAGCCAAAAAGCCCAGGAAGCUGUGGAAUAUGCAGUCUGUGUCAGUCAUGACCCGAGCAUGAACCUCUCUGGAAUGGCCAUCGCUGACAUCACACUGCUCAGUGGGUUUGAGGCAGUGACUGAAGAUCUGGAAAAGCUGAAAGACCUCUCAGACCAGUAUAUCUCUCACUAUGAGACCAAGGAAGGAAGAGUCCUGUUGUACUUUGAUGAGGUUCCAGACGGAAGGGACUGUGUAACAUUUGGUGCCAUUCAGAGGGUUCCAAUAGGGCUGCUGCAGCCUGCUCCUGCUUCGUUCUAUGAUUACUAUGAACCAGACAGGAAGUGCACAGUGUUCUACGCUGCCCCCCAGAGGAGCAGGAUGGUGUCAACGCUGUGCUCAGGGGACGUCUGUCAGUGUGCAGAGAAGCCCUGUCACAAGGAGCAAAAAACCUUUCAGAGGAGGAUAAAGAAAAAAGAGCGCUUAGACUUUGCAUGCUACUACCCCACCGUGGAUUUUGGUUAUACAGUGAAAGUUGACAGUGUGUCUGAGAAGAGUAACUUUGAGCUCUACCAUACCACUGUGCUGGAUGUUCUUCGAGCAACUAAUGACGCACAAGUGGCAAAGGGCAGUGUUCGGAUAUUUGCUAAGAGGCGCCAAUGUAAAGGAGCACUGGAGAUGGGCAAGAGCUAUCUCAUCAUGGGGAAGGACGGCACCACCACAGACACCCACGGACAGAUGCAGUACCUGUUGGACUCAGCAUCCUGGGUUGAACAGUUACCCACUGACGGAAAAUGCAAAGGAACCAACAACAGACUACCAUGCAGGGAAUUGAACAACUUCCUGUCCACAUAUCAGAUAGACGGCUGCACUCAAUGAGGUCUCAUAUCUUAGAUGAAUCAGCUAUACACACAAAUUCACUCUUUCAAAGUCAUGUAUGCACACAUCUAGCAAUUCAAGCAUACCUAUACAUCAGUCACUCUCCUAU